AUGGCCGACCCAGAUCAAGCAGUCAUCGAAAAGAACCUCGGCAAUGACUUCUAUAAACAAAAGGAAUUUGCCAAAGCCCAUGAGCAUUACGAUAAAGCCAUCCAGCUAGAUCAGACGAAUAUUACUUUCUAUACGAAUAAAGCAGCAUGCCUUUUCGAGGAGAAACGCUAUGAUGAAUGUAUCGAGCUAUGCAAAUUGGCAGUCGAAAUCGGCCGAGACAACCGGGCUGACUAUAAGUUGAUUGCAAAAGCGCUCGCCAGGGCUGGGAACUCGUUCUUGAAGAAGGACGACCGGAAGGAGGCGCUUGUUUGGUUUCAGAAGUCCUUGUCGGAGCAUCGUGACCCGGAACUCGUCAAAAAAGCAAAAACGCUCGAGAACCAGAUCAAGGAUGAGGAAAAAAAGGCCUAUAUCAACCCAGAAAUCGCCGAACAAGAGAAAAAGCAAGGAAAUGAAUUCUUCAAGAAAGGCGACUACCCCUCAGCGAUGAAGCAUUAUAAUGAGGCUGUCAAGCGCGAUCCAGAGAAUGCUGUCUUGUACUCGAAUCGAGCUGCCUGUCUGACAAAGCUUAUGGACUUCCAGCGGGCACUUGAUGAUUGUGAAAUGUGCAUCAGGAAGGACAAAAACUUUAUCAAAGGCUACAUCCGGAAAGGAGCCUGCUUGACAGCGAUGAAGGAAUAUUCACGAGCCCAGGACGCCUACCAACAAGCCCUCAAUAUUGACCCGACAAACGCGGAAGCCAUGCAAGGGAUGCGGCAAUGCAUGCAAAAUGACGCCACGCUUUCUGGACAGGACAACGUCCGUGAUCGUGCGAUGAAAGACCCGGAAGUCGUCGAAAUUCUGCAAGACCCCGGCAUGCGCUUGAUUUUGGAGCAGAUGAGCCAGGAUCCGGGAGCCGUCCGCGAGCAUCUCGCCAACCCGGAAAUUGCAAAGAAAAUCAUGAAGCUCAAGGCCGCCGGAAUUAUCCAAAUGCGC